AUGGGUUUCGGCUUCCUCUCGCUUUCGUCUUAACCUUUGUUCCAACUCUGCCAAGUGCCAUGACGGGAGGCCGACUCAAGGCCUUGGCAAAAGCGGACCUCUUGGUGGAUGCAGCUGUCAAGGGCUUGGAGGCACUUUGCCACGCGCACUCGGUCCCGGAGUCGCAUGGCGUUGGCCACGCCUUGCGAGUCUUGCAUCACGUGGAUCAGGCCUUGGCAAGAGGUCGCCCGUUGCCGGAGGGGAGGACGCAAGCGGUUCGACUUGCCGCCCUGCUGCACGAUGCGGAUGACCGCAAGCUCUUCGGGAGCAAGGCUGAGAACGCUCGAGAGAUCAUGACGCACAUUGGCGCCGAGCCGAAGAUCAUUGGGGAUGUAGAACACAUGAUUGGGCUUGUAUCAUGUUCUGCAAAUGGGAAUUCGGUUCCAGAAGCCGCCCUUGCUGCGCCUGAGCUACUGUGGCCUCGCUGGGCGGACAGAUUGGAGGCCACGGGCAUCAUUGGCAUAAUUCGCUGUUGGCAGUUCAACAACGAGACUGGAGCUCCACUGGUGCUGCCAGACACGCCUCGUCCGCGCAGCGAGGAAGAAGUCUGGCAAUUUGCCUCAAGCGAGCGGUUUGAGAGGUACCAGACAUCUGGUGGCAAGUCAAGAUCUAUGCUGGACCACUACUAUGACAAGCUACUGCGCGUGGCUUGCCCGCCAAUGGAAGUGGUGCAGAACGCUUAUUUGGAGGAGGAGAUGGCCAAUAGAUCGAAGCCAUUGGUGGAUAUUUGCCUGGCAUACGGAGAAAGUGGCUCACUACCGCUGAACGAUGAUAUCAUCGAGCAGAUGAAAGCAAGUUUGCCCUUUUACUGAACGCAUC